AUGGAUGUUUGUGUCAAGGUGGCGGUUCGUGUUCGUCCCUUUAAUGAUAGGGAGAAGCGACUCAAUGCACGAUUAGUAAUUUCUAUGAACGAUAAUGUAACGGAGAUAAUUAACCCUGAGGAUGCUACGGAUAAAAAGGCCUUUUCAUUUGACUACUCUUAUUGGUCUCAUGAUGGCUUUAUUGUGAACAAGAAAGGUUUUUGCAUACCUGAUGGACCUUCGUCUCGUUAUGCAAGCCAGGAGACUAUUUUCAAUGACCUUGGCUCUGGUAUCCUCAAUAACGCUUUUAGUGGCUAUAAUUGUUCUUUAUUUGCGUAUGGACAAACGGGAUCUGGAAAGUCAUAUUCCGUUGUUGGCUAUGGUGAAAACAAAGGCAUUGUACCAAUCGCCUGUGAACGGUUAUUUGAAAAGAUUGCACAGAACAAGGAAAAUAAUAAGGAUUUUCAAGUGACCAUCUCAGUUUUGGAGAUUUACAAUGAGAAGGUCCGUGACCUCCUCAGUUCUAAUCCCAAGGGGCUCGCCGGCUUACCAGUUCGUCAGUCCGCUGGCGAAGGAUUUUUUGUACAAGGUCUAAAAAGGGUUCCAGUAGGUUCAUAUAAAGAAAUCCAGAACCGCAUGGAACAAGGCACAGCCAAUCGAACCAUGGCAGCAACAAAUAUGAACGCCUCCAGUUCACGGGCCCACACACUCGUGUGCAUUUCCUUCGACCAACUUAUUACGCGAGACGGCUGCACCACGCGCCUGAGUUCCAACAUCAACUUUGUUGACUUGGCAGGUUCCGAGCGAGCCGAUAGCACCGGGUCCACUGGUGACCGUCUCAAGGAAGGCGCCAACAUAAAUCGUUCACUUUCGGCGCUAGGAAAUGUCAUUUCGGUACGUCACUUCAGGCCGGCUCUGGUGGAGAACAAAAAAGUGGUGCCGUAUCGCGACUCCGUUCUUACCAAAUUGCUACAAAAUGCCCUCGGCGGCAACAGCAAAACUGUGAUGAUUGCUGCCCUCUCACCUGCCGACAUCAACUACAUGGAAACUCUUUCAACACUGCGAUACGCUGACAGAGUGAAGCAAAUCAAAACAAAAGCCGUUGUCAAUGACCGAUCCCAAGAUAGCAUGAUUAAAGAACUACUCGCUGAGAAUGCGAGACUCAAGCAACAAUUAUUGGAAAUAACAAACCAAUCAGGAGUUGCCUCCGCACCUGGUCUCCCUCAAGAAGAAAGAACAAAGACUGAGGAAGGUAUACGAACUGAAAUUAUGGCACAACUUGAAAACAAUACAGAGCUUCUCGAGAUUCAGGAUCAGAAGGCUUUCUUAAAAAAGCUCGAAGAGGCCCGCAAAGAAGCCUCGAACAUGAAACUCCCAAGUACCAUAUCGCGGAGUCCGAAGUCUUCGCCUAACUGUCCAUAUUUGUCGAAUCUUAACGAGGACCCACAGCUGUCUGGCGUCAUUAUCUACUCCCUGGAUGCUGACAAGAUCGUGGUUGGUCGUGAAGGCGCGCCCGGUAACCUUCGAGUUCACGGACGGGUUGUAGAAAAGGACGGCAAAAAGACGGCCUACAUCUUGCUUAGAGGACUGAACAUUCAAGACACACAUGCCACCUUCACGCGACUGCAGGAUGGCCGAAUGGAGCUUUCUGUGGGCACAAACUCAACGCGGAGCACCAAAGUCAAUGGGACCAUUCUCACGACCUCUCAAAUCCUAAAGCCAAUGGACCGCAUUCUCUUUGGUUCAUAUCACCUUUAUGUAUACCACAACGAGUCUCAAAAAGCAAAAGGCAUUCCAGACCACGUGGACUGGGAUUUCGCCCAAAAGGAACUUGCAAAGUGUGAAGGUAUAGAUCAGUUCGAUAAGGCAAUGGGUGAAAACGAAAGAUGCGCAUUGCAGCAACAACUGAUUGAAUUAAUACCGAUGUUGCAAGAAGUGAAUUGCAUUGCUAAAGAAAUGGACAAGCGUCGGAUAUUUGACAUCGUCCUUCUGCCACCGUUACUUCAGCGAACGAUCUAUGGCCAGCGUAAGACCACGAAAAUAGUUGUCCGCAUGAAGUGUUUGGAGACAGGAAAUAUUUGGAUGUGGGAGCGAGGCAAAUUCUUAAAUCGUCGCUUUCUCAUUCAGGUAGAGAUUUACGAAAUGUAUCAUGGAUUCGACAGUGAGGGUGAUCAGGCAGUAAGGAAACAAGAGGACGACCCCUUUUGGGAGCCUCUAGAGCCCCUGCUUGUUGGGUUCGCUCCCGCUUUUCUCCAGCCACUUGCCUACGGCCUUGACUACGUUGAUCGUGUGCAGAUAAGUGACCUUGAUGGGCAGUCGAUCGGAAAGUUGUCGGUAGGGAUAAGCAAAAUUAGUAUUCCUGGCCUGCUGAUUGGAAAGAAAAUAUCGCUCCGUUAUCGAGUGUAUAAAGAAGGCGACGAGACGGUUGUUAGAUUGGACGCCAGCCAGACCAAAAAGGGACAUAAACUGGAUGUCAGGCAUAAUCGCAUGAUAACCUUCAAAAACGUCGAUGAAGAAAAACUCGACUACUUGGAAAAGGAUUGUAUUUCGUUCCUCGUAUUCAUGGACCAGGAAGACACAGAAGCUCCACAACAUGAGACUGAACCGCCAAACCAACCGGAUGAACGGUCCGAAAUUCAUCGGGGCUCGCUAGGCGUCCUUCAGUCGAUCGACGAAAAGGUUCGGCUACCCAAUCAGAAGAUUGUGCAGGACAAAACGCCCACGAAUAUGCAUAGAAAUGAAGAGGAACUCAAGGUGUGGGCUCGAAUCCCACAUCGGAGCCUCUAUACCGCCUAA